CAUUCAGGCAGCUCUUGUUUGUUCGUCCCAUGGAGCCAUUUCGACUUCUCUCUACCUAAAUGCCGCAUUGAAUGAAACACAAAAACUCUUCUCUUAGCUUUUAUUCACUGGAGAAGGUUUGAGACAAUCUGGACCCGUUGUUAUGGACUGUUUUUGUAGAUCCCUCUGAUGCAGCGCACUGUAAUCGGACUGCUUCUAAUACCACCUGCUAAAGGAGCCAUGGGGGAAGUUUGUAUUCUCUACAGAGCCGCCUCUUUUAGAAGCAGCCAAUAAGUCGAGGAACGAGACCAAACGUAAAAAUGUCAAACUCCUUCCGUGGGUCCAAAGGCAGCGGGCGACACAAGUCCCACCAUGAGCCCAACCAGCACAUGGCUGAGACUGCUGGGUCCUGCAGCAUCAAGGAACUGAGCUCUCUCAUGGAGCUACGAGGAGUGGAGGCCAAAGAGAGGAUCGAACAGUUAUAUGGAGAUGUGAACGGGCUGUGCUCACGGCUACGCACCUCUCCCACUGAAGGUUUAGAUGGAACCAUUGAGGACAUUGAGAGGAGAAAACAAGAGUACGGUCUGAACUCAAUACCACCGAAGAAACCCAAAACUUUUUUACAGUUAGUCUGGGAAGCGCUACAGGACGUGACGCUCAUCAUUCUUGAGGUGGCAGCUGUAAUUUCUCUAGGCCUUUCUUUUUACCAGCCGCCUGGAUCCGAACGACUAAGUUGUGGUAAAGCUGCAGGAGGCCUGGAGGACGAGGGAGAAUCUGAGGCUGGGUGGAUUGAGGGGGCGGCCAUCUUGUUGUCAGUCGUGUGUGUUGUCCUGGUGACCGCCUUCAACGACUGGAGCAAAGAGAAGCAGUUCAGAGGCCUCCAGAGCCGCAUCGAGCAGGAGCAGAAGUUCACCGUGGUCCGAGCUGCGCAGGUCACUCAGAUCAAAAUAUCCGAGAUCGUGGUCGGGGACAUUUUACAAGUCAAAUAUGGCGACCUGCUUCCUGCAGACGGGAUUCUGAUCCAGGGAAAUGACCUGAAGAUCGACGAGAGCUCUCUGACGGGAGAGUCGGACCAUGUGAAGAAGACAGUGGAGAAAGAUCCCAUGAUGCUCUCAGGCACUCAUGUGAUGGAGGGCUCUGGGAAGAUGGUGGUGACGGCAGUGGGCGUGAACUCUCAGACCGGGAUGAUCUUUAUGCUGCUGGGAGCUGAGGAGGAAGGUGACAAACCCGAAAAGGACAAGAACGACAACGACAAGAGCAAGAAGAAGAGUAAAAAAGAGAAAAAGAGUAAAAAGGAGGACAAGUCCAAAAAAGACAAACAGAAGGAUGGCGCCCCUGUGGAGAUGCAGCCGCUCAAAGAUGGAGAACCAGGAAAGAAAACCAACCACCCCAAGAAGGAGAAGUCUGUGCUACAAGGAAAGCUCACCAGACUGGCUGUGCAGAUCGGCAAAGCAGGUCUGUUCAUGUCUGUCCUCACGGUCAUCAUCCUCAUCGUUCGGUUCGUCAUUGACACUUUCGCUGUUCAACAAGUACCCUGGAAUAAAGACUGUGUUCCCAUCUACAUACAGUUCCUGGUCAAGUUCUUCAUCAUCGGAGUCACUGUGCUGGUGGUGGCUGUGCCUGAGGGGCUGCCUCUGGCCGUCACCAUCUCCCUGGCCUACUCCGUCAAGAAAAUGAUGAAGGACAAUAACCUGGUAAGACACUUGGACGCCUGUGAAACAAUGGGAAACGCGACAGCCAUCUGCUCCGACAAAACAGGGACCCUGACCAUGAACCGUAUGACCGUCGUCCAGUGCUACAUCACAGGACAAUAUUUUAAACAUGUCCCCCCUCCAGACGUCAUCCCCAAAAACUCCAUGGACCUCCUCAUCAAAGGGAUCGCCAUCAACUGCGCCUACACCACCAAGAUCAUGCCUCCUGAGAAAGAGGGAGGACUGCCUCGGCAAGUGGGGAACAAAACAGAGUGCGCCCUCUUGGGGUUCGCCACAGACCUGCGCCGUGAUUACCAAACCAUCCGCAACCAGUUUCCAGAGGAGACGCUGUUCAAAGUGUACACCUUCAACUCAGUGAGAAAGUCCAUGAGCACUGUGCUGCGCAACUACGACGGCAGCUUCACCAUGUUCAGCAAGGGGGCGUCAGAAAUCCUUCUAAAGAAGUGCUGUAGGAUCCUAUCGUCGGGGGGCGAGGCGAAGAACUUCCGUCAGCGUGACAGAGACGCGGUGGUAACGAGUGUGAUCGAGCCCAUGGCGUCAGAAGGCCUGAGGACCAUCUGUCUCACCUAUAAAGAGUUUCCGGCCUCAGAGGGAGAGCCAGACUGGGAUGAUGAGGCUCACAUCUUGACCGGACUCACCUGCAUCUGUGUGGUGGGCAUCGAGGACCCGGUCCGACCAGAGGUGCCUGAUGCGAUCAGGAAGUGCCAACAGGCCGGCAUCACUGUGAGAAUGGUCACUGGGGACAACAUCAACACAGCUCGAGCCAUCGCCACCAAGUGUGGGAUCCUCCAUCCGGGAGAGGACUUCCUGUGUCUGGAAGGAAAAGAGUUCAAUAGACGAAUCAGGAACGAGCUCGGAGAAAUCGAACAGGAGCGGAUAGACAAGAUCUGGCCUAAGCUCAGAGUCCUGGCUCGCUCCUCUCCCACUGACAAACACACUCUGGUCAAAGGAAUCAUUGACAGCACAGUCCUGGAGCAGAGGCAGGUCGUCGCUGUGACCGGAGAUGGGACCAACGAUGGCCCAGCCCUCAAGAAGGCAGAUGUGGGCUUCGCCAUGGGCAUCGCGGGGACAGAUGUGGCCAAAGAGGCGUCAGACAUCAUCCUGACAGACGAUAACUUCAGCAGCAUUGUGAAGGCCGUGAUGUGGGGACGGAACGUCUACGACUCCAUCUCCAAGUUCCUCCAGUUUCAGCUCACCGUGAACGUGGUGGCUGUGAUUGUGGCAUUCACCGGAGCCUGUAUCACCCAGGACUCUCCCCUGAAGGCCGUGCAGAUGCUGUGGGUGAACUUGAUCAUGGACACUUUUGCGUCUUUGGCUUUGGCCACGGAGCCGCCCACAGAGUCACUCCUGCGCAGAAACCCGUACGGACGAAAGAAACCACUCAUCUCACGCACCAUGAUGAAGAAUAUCUUUGGACAUGCUGUCUACCAGCUCACCAUCAUCUUCAGCCUGCUUUUUGUCGGUGAGCUCAUGUUUGACAUUGACAGUGGCAGAAAUUCUCCUCUUCACGCUCCUCCCUCUGAGCACUACACCAUUGUCUUCAACACUUUUGUCCUGAUGCAAAUCUUUAACGAACUCAACGCCCGAAAGAUCCACGGAGAGAGGAAUGUGUUUUACGGGGUCCACAGAAACCCUAUCUUCUGCAGCAUCAUUCUGGGAACGCUCCUAGUGCAGAUCGUCAUUGUUCAGUUUGGAGGGAAGCCGUUCAGCUGUGUCCCUCUCAGCGCAGACCAGUGGCUCUGGUGUGUGUUCUUUGGCUUCGGUAGCUUACUCUGGGGACAGGUGGUGACCAGUGUCCCGACACGGAUGCUAACAUGCCUGAAGCCAGCAGGACACAACACUCAGAGAGAUGAGAUCCCAGAGGAGGAGCUGGAGCCUCAGAAAGACGACUUUGAGAUCGACCAUGCGGAGAUGGAGCUGAAGAAGAGCCGCGUGCUGUGGUGCCGAGGACUCAGCCGCAUACAAACACAGAUCCGUGUGGUGAACGCCUUCAGGGACAGUGUAUCUCCAUAUGAGGGACUGGAGACGCCUGAGUCGCGAAGCUCCAUCCACAACUUCAUGUCUCACCCCGAGUUCAGGAUCGAGGACUCAGAGACGCACAUCCCCCUGAUCGACGAGGUGGACGAGGAUGAGCCUCCAACCAAUCGGAAUUCUGUGUACCUGCCACACCAAUCAAACACAUCACAGAACUCCAACUCCAACAACAACGGAGGCCCUGAACGCAUCACUGGGCCCCAGCUCCUGUCCGAAUCCAGAAACUCCACUCUGCAGCGCUGCCCUGGGAGCCCCCUGCACAGCCUAGAGACCUCACUCUAACUGUCAG